AGGAUCAUUAGUUCCUGUCAGAUUUUUUGUCAUUCAACUUAAGUAAAGGACCCUGAAGUGCCCACAAUGCAUUCCCCUUUUUCCUCAAUUUCCCUUUUCAAAAGACCAAAGGCUUGCUUGCAAAAUGCAGCCCCCAUGAGCAGAAUACCAGAAACGCAGUUCUGGUACAAAGUUGAAUCUUUCCUUUGUCUAGAAUCUUUCAGUUUAAAAUACCAGCUCGCAGAUGUGAAAGAAUUGUUGCGUUUUUACCAAAUGGAUAUUGAAAAUGCAAGCUGUUAACCUAGUGUUCUGAAACACAAAUUUCAAUGUGGGUUACAAAACGUUUUUCUUGCAGCUUGUUUUCCCUUUUCUUCCCACUCUUUUUCUAUUUUUCUGUCCAAAAGAGCAAGUGGUUGGGGCAACUCGAAUGGAAAGUAGGAAAGCCAACUUGAAAAAUCCACCCAUGCAGGUUUUGGACUGCUACCAAUUAUUUGAUAAGAGCGGGGGUGAAAUAGAACAAUCGAGAAACGAGCCAAAGAGGAACGAGUCUGCUGACAAAAGAGAGAAUAUCCAAGCAGAGGGAAUGAAAGGGAGACUAAUUCAAGUUGAAACCCCGAUGGCAGGUACUAGCAGUGGUGCUACCAGGUCCAUUAAUGGUAACUCUGCACCAGAAACCUGUGAGCAACCAGGCAAGUUUGGGGCUGAUGGGCAAAUCCAUCAUCAGUGCUCUCAGCAACAGGCGAGCCAAGGUCAGGAGGUUCUACCGAUCACAUACCGGGGAGAAAUAAUAACGCCUUCCAAUUCCCACUCGACGGCUGGAGGGCGCAAGCUCUACACUCGCAGCUUCAGCGGGGCCACAUCUAGUAGAGAGGCAGCGCAUGCUGCCCACAAGGAAGACCUGUCAAGUUCUGUCGAAGGCAGUGACAGUCACGCUUGUGGCACUCAAACCGAGGACGAGCACAGGAAUUAUCUGGGUACUCACACCAGUAGAAGUUCACCGAACCGCUCCAAAUCGAGGAAACAUCUUUGCACGACCAAUUUGAUUUCUAAAAAGUACAAGCAACUCAAGAAGUGUGAUGUGUGUUCCAAAACUCUUCUAACUCGUCAAGGGUUCAAACGUCAUCGUCAGUCGCACGAAUGUAAGACUUGCUCAAAAACUGUCAGGGACAUGGCCCGUCAUUUGCGAGUUCACACUGGUGAGAAACCACACCACUGUCAGAUAUGCAGAAAGCGCUUCAAAGAGCUUUCAAGCCUCAAGAGGCACUGGGUUAAAGUCCACCGUCGUAAACUGUAUAAAUGCAGGCACUGCUCGAAAACGUUCUUCGGUCAAUGUGCGCGAAAACGUCAUGAGAAGGAAUACCAUUGUGGUGACAAUGAACAAACUGGCCGGCCAUAUCCUGCCGCAAAAGGAAAGGCCAGAGCAGCGCCCUCAGGUAAGAGAGAAAGUGAUGGACCUAGUUGUAGCCAGUCUAUCCAGAACACUGAUCGACCUCAACGAAAUCCUCAUAACGUCCAAAAUUCGAAAAGGGUACCCAAUCGUCCAAAGGGACAACCGAGGGCUGCACGCCUUCAAGGACAAACGGCUCCCAGCAGAGAGACCAUGAAGGAGCACGUGCGAGGUCAUAGUGCAAAACAGCAUCCCACCAAAUCGUCCUCUCCAGCCACCACCGGCAAAGACGUCAUCGAAUCAUCGAGCAAGGAGGAGUCCAACCUCACUGAUGAGGCUGAUAGAGAUCGGACCCCAAUUGCAACCCUAACCAACCGUCGCUCUGGGUCUAAAUCAAACCUUCAAUGCAUAUUCUGUGGGCGACAUCUCUCGUCCAACACUCGGCUUCUUGAGCACGAGAACUGUCACGAGGAGAAGAAGAAGCCUUUUCCGUGCCUGGAAUGCAACGAAGUGUAUUUCUCAGGACCAACCUUGUCAUUACAUUUGCGAAAAAAGCAUUAAAAACAUUACAAAGGUAGCCAAGAGGGUAAAAUUUCUUGAACAAAAAACACUGUUGAAUACCUGCACUGUGACAGAAAUAGCUCAAGAUUAAUGCUACUUGGUAAGACGUGAGCGAAUUCACAGGGUUUAUCAAAGCAGUUAAAUGCUUGAGCCUUGUUCAUGAAGUCCAAGAAACGACUAUUCAUCGACCUCUGUCGAUUUAACCUAAAGGUAUGUCUUUAUUGUAUAGUUCACUUGUUAGAAACUGUUUGAGACGAUGCUUGCGCGACUCGACGGAACCACAUAAAAGACACGUCAAAGUGGACUUUUUGUAUUUUAUGUAUUUUGAUCACAUGGACUGAAUUUGUCUUAUUCAAUAUUUAUCGCCAUAUGGCAGUCAUUUGUAAUGACUUUUAUAUCAUCGGUAACCUAAAAACAGAUCGUCUCAACCUGAGAAUUCAAUUGUAUGAUCAUAAAACAUCCUUAAAUAUUAAUAUGUUGACUUACAUCGCGAGAAAGUGUUGGGUUCCCAUGCAGCCCUGUACAUAGUCCACGAAGAUUUUAACCUUACGCUGUUUCCAUACAUGGAAUGCUUCCAAUGUUAAAAUCACUUUAACUUUUAUGCAUCUGUUAAUGGUUCCUGAUUUUUUUCAAAGUUCGAUUUUGUUUAGCGUGUAAUCUUGAAUGUGUAUGUUAUUUUCCUUGUAGUAAAUCUGAUAGCAAGUUUGCAUGUUGCUUCUUAGGCUGGAUGUGUGGGUGAGUAUAAGUAAGUAAAUUCCUCACAAAAAACACACACACACACAAAUGCAUAAUGUUGCCACAUAUGUGACUGAAUAAAGCAGGCAAGUGCACUAUGUACUUGUGACUUGUUUUCAAAGUGA